AUGUUCAUAGAGAGUGGUGUUAGUGGCGUUGGACCGAUGGAGCAGAUAUUUGCGCUGGUGACUGUUAUAGUUGUUGUAAUAGUUGUCGGACUGUUACUUGUUGACACUACUGGCAUGUUCAUAGAGAGUGGUGUUAGUGGCGUUGGACCGAUGGAGCAGAUAUUUGCGCUGGUCACUGUUAUAGUUGUUGUAAUAGUUGUCGGACUGUUACUUGUGAUUGCAGAGAUGACCGGACUUGCGGUCACGGUCGAGACUGAGGUCGCGGUAGAGAUUGAGGUCACGGUAGAGACUGAAGUCACAGUCACAGUCGUUGCAGCCGAAGUAGCCGACAGGCUGCUUGACGUUGUCGUACAAGGGCCAAGAGUGAACGUAUUGCUCUCAGCAAUAAAACCAUUUGCGUCGAAGAGUCUGAAGAAAUAG